UAACUAAUAACGCUAAAAUAAACAUCGCGGAAGGUGCAGGUUCCGUUCCGUCGCGAGACCACAAAUUUACUCCCAUCGCAGAACCCAUCGGCGGCCUUUCUUCGAUCCUCUCGUUUUGCCAAAACUACCGUUGCAGGCGAGGUCCUUCCUUUCUCUCCAUCUUUUUCUAUUUCCUUCAAAUCAUAAUGAAGAAAUAAAACCCUCCCUGUAAGUAAGUAAGUAAGUAAGUAAGUAAGACAUGUUCUUAAGUACCAAAUGCCUUUAUUGCUUGCAGUGCUUUUAAUCAAUGUUUAGUUAAAUUAGCAUUCUGUAUUCUAUGAAACUUGAUUGGAUUCAGUUAUUUUCUUCGGAGGAUAUUUGAUUUGUAGAAGAACAGAAAACCUACUUGUUAUUUAUGGUUUCAAUUUCAAUCCUCAAAUUUCGUAGAAUCUUCUACACAAUAGAACCUACAACAAGCUGCAAAACAUAUGGUGCCUUCAGACACUGUCAUUCUGGCUCUAGGGGUAGUAGCCGGAAUUUUGAUAAUAACCCGAACUUGUCACCAAAUGAGAUGCUAUGUAGAGUGGGGAUUUUCUGGGAUUUGGAUAACAAGCCACCCAAUUCAAUUCCACCUUAUCAAGUUGCUAAUAAGCUGAGACUAGCUGCAGCUUCGUUCGGUGUUGUUCGGUAUAUGGUUGCUUAUGCGAAUAGCCACACGUUUAACUAUGUCCCUCAUGUUGUUCGGGAGAUGAGGAAAGAGCGGAAAAUGUUGUUUGGUUUGGAGGAUAAGGGUGUUAUCAAGCGUAAUGAGCCUCAUGUUUGUUGUGUUUGUGGGAGAAAAUUUUAUACUAAUGAAAAGCUUGUUAAUCAUUUCAAGCAACUGCAUCAGCGUGAGAAUGCAAAAAGAGUGAAUCAGAUAGAGUCGGCUAGAGGGAGUAGGAAGGUGAAAUUGGUGGGUAAGUAUUCUAUGAAAAUGGAAAAGUAUAAAAAGGCUGCGAGUGCUGUUUUGACUCCCAAAGUUGGGUAUGGUUUGGCAGAUGAGCUGAAACGGGCAGGGUUUUGGGUUCAAACUGUGUUGGAUAAGCCACAAGCUGCAGAUAUUGCGUUGCAAAAGCAUAUGGUGGAUAUGAUGGAUCAUAGGCGGGUUGAGUGUGUGGUUCUUGUUUCCGAUGAUUCUGAUUUUGUUGAUGUAAUAAAGGAGGCAAAACUACGGUGUCUCAAGACUGUUGUUAUUGGGGAUAUUAGUAGUGACGGGGUCUUGAAAAGGACUGCUGAUACUGCCUUUUCUUGGGAGGAAAUUUUGACGGGGGAGGAUAAGAAGGAGGAUGUAUCCGUUGUGGAAAAUUGGAAAGAUCGUGAUAUAUUGAAAAGGUUGGAGUGGACAUACAAUCAUGACGUGGAUAAAAAGAAACUCAACCUGGAUGAUGCAGUUGGUGAAACAUCUGGAGAUGAUGAUAUUGAAGAUAUCUUCGAUGAUGUUGAUGAUGACUACAAGGAUGACAAAGGUGCUUGGUGGGAAUUAGACGGAUGAUAAUGAUGUUGGAACUGUAUAAUCGCAGAAAACAAUCCAUGUUAUUUGUGAAGCUCACUCGACCUUCUACUUCACACAAAUUUGUGUGUGCAAAAAUGGCAUGUCUGGUCCUCAAAUUUUUUAGGUAACAUUGUUACUUAAAGAAUGGCCGUCGUAACUUUGAUAAUGAAAUUAAUAACUGAUCGGUUCUCUGUUUUGCUUCGUAUUGUAUUGUUUUGAUUAGUCACGUGCUGUGACAUUCCAGCCAACAAUAUCUAUUUUUACUCUUUCAAAAUCAGUAACCAGAACUUAUAGGUAGUAGUGAGAUAUUGUGUCAUGGUGCUCCUAUUUGUUUAUACAUUGUCAUGUAAUAGAACCAGACAUCCUCAUUUUUAAAAUGUCGGUUUUGGAGUAUAUUGUUUUCACCGGUGUGUCUUUACUAAUCUUCAGUUAAGUUGGAAAUGAUUUCUGUUAAGGUGAUUAAUUUUGUUCCUCUAUUUUUGUUGUGUCGGGCAUAUCCUGAACGUGUUUGAGUGGGAACACAGGGGAAAGAAAGAGAGGUGGAGCAGGAGGGAAAUGUCUAAAUUUUUAUAUGAUCAACUAACAUUACCACAGUUUCUAGCAAUUUUGCAGAUUCAAGCACCUAUACAGUGAGAAGGUUACAAAUGCAAACCUUGUAUGAAUUGAAAACCACGAGAUGCAGCAAGAAAGCUAUUCAUGGGGGGGACUAAGUAUAUCACAGUAACUUGUAUACCACACCGGUGGGUAGAGAACGUGGAAAAUGAUGCGGAACAACCAAGCAUAUUGUCACAAUACAAUACAGAAUCAAUGCCAACCUGCUGCAGGUCUUGAUAGUUCUGUAGCUAGAUAUUUAUUAGCAAAGCUGAAUCCAUCAGCUACAUAUAAUAAUGCGCACGAGAUGGCUGCUGGUUCAGAUGUAAUCUUUACCGAUGAUGUUAGUCUUCAAGUUUUCUUUGAGCAUCUGCAAAGGCUGGCUGUCCAAUCUUGAGGGCAGAUGAUAGGAGAGAUUGACAGUUUAUGGAUUAUAUAGACUUUGGUUUGGGGAAUUCACCAAUGAUGUGUGUGUCCUGCAUUAUGCUGUUGCAUUCAGUUAUUUUUCCUUUCUUUCCUUUGUUCUUAACAAAGAGAAGAUCAGAGCCUGCAUGAAUUGAAGAAUAAGGGAAGCAAGACCCUGAAACACGAUUCUUUAGGGUUCUGGUCAAAUUUUAUUUAAUGGAGAAAAUAAAUUAUUCGAAAGUACGUUGAAUUUUGGUAUCACGGAAAGAAAGGAUAGGAAAUUAAAGUUAAGAGCUGCCUGAUCUGCGACAGCAGCAUAGCAAACGAGGGAGAUAUUUUUGUUUCAUAUUUUUCCUAUUUGUUUUGGCCCAGAUACUUAUUUUUUGGGUUCCUCAUCUGGAUUAAUUCACAUAGUGGUUUUACUUUUACAUGCUCCCUAGAUUUGCUAAGUCAUUUUAUCAUGUCAUUGGAGUUUGAUAUCAGUCAUUCUCUCUUUACACUGUCUUGUACUGUAUAUUGUGAAGUAAGCUUACAGGACUCGUCAUCAUGGUGAAAUGAACACUGUUUUGUCGUCGCUGUUUUCGUU